GGCACACAGUGACACACGGCACAUAACGGGCAGUGUUUGGCCUUUACAACCCAUGCAGGAUGGCAGAGCAGUCCUAAACCCGCUCCAAGGGCUGCAUCUUGGGCCUGGGAACCCAAAAGUCAUCUCCUCACCUUCCUCACUUGCUGCCACACCCCAUCAGGGCCUGGGGCUUCUGGCCAGUUUCCCCAGGGAAAGCAGAGGAGCUGCAGCAGGACCCAACAGAAGCUGCCAGGCUGUGGCUGGAUUUGGAGCAGACCUGUCCUGGGCCACGCUCAGAGCCAUUUCCUGAUGGCUUUUCCUUCACCCACGUGGCCGUGGUGCAGUGCCAGGAGGCUGCAGCACCCCAGGACAGGUGCCACCAGUGGUGCAGGUGGCACCAGUGAUGCAGGUGCCACAAGUGAUGCAGGCAGGUGCCAGCAGUGCCCGGGCUGCUCAGUGGGGUGCAGGGUGUUCCUGCAGCACUGCCAGGGAUUAUCUGGCCUCAUGCAGCAGGCAGGGCCCCAUGCCACGUCCCACAUGGCUGUCACCUGACUCAGCCCUGGUGACCGACCUGGUGACGAUCGCAGCCCCCGACUGCUCCCCUGGCUCGCCGGCAGCACAGAGCCACGUGGCCAUGGUGACCUGCUGGUAGGGGAACCCCACUGGGACAGCUCACCUGGGAAGCACUCCAAAGAUGAGGCUCAAGCAGAGAUUGGAGCCCCUAAAGCCAGUUUGGAUGCUAAAGGGGAAACUGACCCCGACAGCUCACCUCUGAUGCAGCCCUUGGCCGGGCUGGGCUGCCAGGCUGACCCUGCUCACGCUGCUGGGGAGCCAGCCCCCCUGCCCCAUGUGGGCACAGCCCCCUGGGAGCGGGCCAUGCCAGGAGGGGACCCUGGCACAGGGCUGGUGGAGCUGGGGGCUGAUGUCCUGGGCCAGGAGCAGCUCAGGAAGGGGAAAACACCUUCGCUGGGGAGGAAAGCAGAUGAAGGCACAGAGGAGACCCAGCGUGAGCCUGAGCAGCAUGACAGGAGUGUGAGCCCCUUUGUGGCAGGGGUCUGCCAGCUGCAGAGCUCUGCCCCAGCAGCCCCACAACGCCUUCCCCAUCCCGGUGAGCUGGGGGGGGACCCGGCUCUGGAGGCCCCAGGGCAGGUCCCAAAACCUGGGGCUGAUUGUACAGAGGCUAAAGAGAGCGUGGAGGCCAAGCCAGCUUCACCCAGGAGGGGCAGCAGGAUCCCAGCCAGCAAGCUGACACCGAAGAGGCACAGAGAGUCCCCCAAGAAAGCAGCUGAGGAUGCAGAGAGUGGUCCCACAGAGCCACCCCCACCCCGGGGCUCCUGCCAGCUGGGUCCCACGGGCUGGGACAGCCCUGGCCUCAGCUCUCUCAGUGGCAGCUCAGCGCUGCAGAAUUCUCCAGUUCUCCCCAAGGGCUCUUACCAGUUUGACCCCAAUAACUUUGACUCCAUGGAUCCGUUCAAGCCCACCAAGACGCUUGCCAGCGCCGACGCUGACUCCUGCUCCACGGCAGAUAACAGCCUCAAUGAAAUCCUGGAAUCUCAGACACUGGAGAUGCAGGACGAUGCUCUGAAAGGCAGAGACUCCCCCAAGAAGCCCAAGUCACGCCUGAUAACGACUACUGAGCAAGUGAAAUUUCUCUGUUUUCUGUUGAGCGGCUGCAAGGUGAAGCAGCACGAGGCGCAGCCCCUGGUCCUGGACAUCAGCGCUCAGGAUGAAGGAGUGUUGAUCUCAGAAAUCCCAGAUAUUACCAACCGGGAUGGACGUGCCACUGAUGAGGAGAAGUUGGCCUCCACCACCUCCACGCAGAAACCAACAGGGCUGGAGAAGAAGGCUGAGGCAGAAGAUGACCUGGAGUACUUUGAGUGCUCCAACGUGCCCGUGUCUGCAGGGAAGCACAGAGCAGAGGCAGGUUUUGAAAAGGAGAUCUGCAAGCAGAUGGAAAAGGGAGGGCCUGGCAUCUUCCCUGACAAUCCCGGGCUGUGCUCCAUGGACAAGUGCCCCAGUGUGGGCAGGAGCGAGAGUCCCCUGGCUGGCAUCUGCCUCAGCGAGUCCGAGAAGGCAGCCGUGCUCACGCUCAUCAGAGAGGAGAUAAUCACCAAGGAGAUCGAGGCCAACGAGUGGAAGAAGAAAUACGAGGAGAGCCGGCAGGAAGUGCUGGAGAUGAGGAAAAUCGUGGCUGAGUAUGAAAAGACCAUUGCCCAGAUGAUAGAGGAUGAGCAGAGGACAAACAUGACAUCUCAGAAGAACCUGCAGCAGCUCACAAUGGAAAAGGACCAGGCUCUGGCAGACCUGAACUCGGUGGAGAGAUCCCUGUCAGAUCUGUUCAGGAGAUAUGAAAACCUGAAGGGCGUCCUGGAAGGAUUUAAGAAGAAUGAAGAAGCUCUGAAGAAAUGUGCUCAAGAUUAUCUAACCCGUGUCAAGCAGGAAGAGCAGCGGUACCAGGCCCUGAAAGUCCACGCAGAAGAAAAAUUAGACAAAGCCAACGAGGAGAUCGCCCAGGUGCGCACCAAGGCCAAGGCGGAGAGCGCGGCGCUGCACGCGGGGCUGCGCAAGGAGCAGAUGAAGGUCGAGUCCCUGGAGAGAACCCUGCAGCAGAAGAACCAGGAGAUUGAGGAGCUGACCAAGAUCUGCGACGAGCUGAUAGCGAAACUGGGAAAGUCAGACUGAGCCUCAGCACCCCUCGCCCAGCACUCUGCACUUGGCUGCUUUUCUCGUGACGUUGAGCACCUUGCCUUACCCCGGAGUCCCUGUAGGAAAGCUCACGUGUCCAGCUGCCCCCCUGGCUGCCAGACCUGUGGCUCCUGAGCAGGGCUGCUCCCCUCACUGUCCCUGUCUGCUUCCCACAGCUCCAGGCUGGGAUCCCUGCAGUCAGCCUGGGAAUCCUGUGCUCAGCCUGGACCUGUGUGUCCCUCCCUGGGCUCUGUGCCCCUUGGUUGGGCUGGCUCUGGUUGUGUCCCCACUGCACUCUGUGUCACUGAUUGUCCUCACGGGCUCAGCAGAACAGGUCCAGCCACUGGUAGGUGCUGCCCUGGGACGUGGGUGAUGGCAGGGGUGGACCUGCUGGCUCUGGCACUGGGGAAGGGCACCUGGCACGGGGAUGGCUGGUCUCUGGUAGGUGGGUGAAGCACAGCACAGCCUCUCCCUGUCCUUGGCUGUGCCAGCCUCGGAGGAAGGGAGCUGACAUCUCUGCAUUCGUGCACUUUAUGAGCAUUUAUGGGCACUUGGGCUCUCCGCUCACUCCUUCCAGUCAGGCACAACGUGUUCCCCCCAGAGCACUGAACAGUCACAAAACCUGCAGUAACUUCAGUCCUCUCCAGGGAGAGUCCAGGUGAGGGGAGGCAGGAGGUUUCUGCACCAAGAGGUGUUUGAGAAGCAGGGGAGAUGUUGGUCCUGCUCCAUCCUCCCCGUGGCCCUGGUCCCCUGGGUGAGCUGCUGUUGGACACGUGCGAAGCCAGGGCCGUGUCUGUGACUCCCUGUGCCAUGGUGAGAUCAGGGCUCCGUUUCAGAGGCUGCAGGAGGAAGGAAUUGAACCCUGAGCUGCCUCGUGGUUACUGCAGUAGCUGCAGUGAUGGAGGAUUCUCUGCCUUGAAUGGAUAGGUGUGAAAUAAGGGAAAUACUUGCAGUAUGGACUGUUUCCUGCCCGGCCUGUUGAACACUUUCACAAACCUUUUUGCUGCUACCUUUUUGUAACAGAAUUGAGCUCUUUUCCUUCUAUUUUCUAAUUCCCUGUGUCGAGCAUGCAGAGCAAACACCUGUUUAAGCCAGAGCCAUACACUUGAUUAUAUUUUAUUAGUUAUAUAAUAUAGAGAGAGUUUAUUCUACACUUAAGCAAAGGUGUCAGCAGCCUGCCCCAGCACACAGCUUCCCAGCCUGUUCUCCACACCCCCAGUUAUCCCAGUGACAGACUGGUCACAGAAGCCAGUGGCUGACACCACUCAAAGCAGUGCACCUGUUCCUUGUGCUGGAUAUUCACCCUUUGCACAGCUGACAGAAAAGAAAAACCUUUUUUCCCCCUUUCUUUUUAACCCCCUUGACCUCCCCACAUGUCCCCUCCUGGGCUGGUGAAAAAGCUUCAACCAUAAGAUCAGCAAGGAUAUUUCUGUUCCCCUUGGGGAGUCUGUGCAGGUAAAGCAAACCCCUGAGACCCCGAGAUUUCUGGGCCAGUUGGCUUUUCCUCUUGAGGAAGCAGAGUGCAGCAUUGCAUCACCUCUCAGAGCUGGUGACAGGGCUGGUUUCUGGUUGGGGCCCUGGGGCACUGCCCUGCCCUGCCACGGUGCUGCAGGAGCAGUCCCAGGUGGGGACUGUGGCAGCCCUCAGCCUUCUGCUUUGCCCAGAGCUGUGGUACUCAUGUGCUGCUCUCACUCAAGGUGAGACACUCUGAGGUCAGUCUCUCCUUGGGGCAUGGCUCUGGCCCUUGGAGCUGGUGGAUAAUUGCAGAAGUUCAGAUUUCUGAGGUCAGUCUCUCCUUGGGGCAUGGCUCUGGCCCUUGGAGCUGGUGGAUAAUUGCAGAAGUUCAGAUUUCUGAGGUCAGUCUCUCCUUGGGGCAUGGCUCUGGCCCUUGGAGCUGGUGGAUAAUUGCAGAAGUUUAGAUUUCACCACUUGUCACUUCCCCAGAGCCCUGACCUGCACACAGCAGUCACUGCUGCAGCUUUCCCCUGCGGGCUGUCCGCACUGUGAUGACCCACGGGGCACAGUCCAUCCCUCCUGUCCCCAGUGCCACCCAGUCCUGCCGUGCCACCUCCCCUCACCCGCUCCUGUGCCCGUCCGUGCGCACCCCAGCCUGGGCAAAGAAGAUUCCUACGGAAUGAUUUAUUAACUAUAAUAUGGUUAUAGUUACAUAUAUAUAUAUAAAUACAUAAUGGCUACAGUGAUAUCAGAUAGCAGGCGUGUUUGCCAGCGGGCAGGGUGGCUGCACCUCGAGGUGGUGGCGCACACGCCGAGCUGGUGGUGUCCCCGUGACUGGCACAGGGAAUGGCAGGUCCCUGUGUGUGCUGUCACAGCUGGCUGUGUUUGUCUGUUCCUUGCAGUAGACUUUAAAUGCUCUUUUGGCAGCGGUGGGCCCUGCCCCUGUUGCUGUGUUGCUGUUUGCAGUGUGUGUUUGCCAGCAGAUCUGUCUGUAACCAAGUGCCAACCAGUAACCCCCAACUACUGAUCUCUUCCCCCAUCCCUCCAGUGUGGCCUCCCCCAGGCAGGAACUUCCUCUGCAUUGGCUCCUUCCCCUCUGCUUCCAGCCAUGUGUGUAACUGCCAUCGCCAUCGGUUUUAUAUGUAUGAUAAUUUCCCUUUUAUAUGUCAGGUAAAUAUUUGUAAGAGUUAUACUCACACAAAUGAGAUUAUUAUAAUGAUUACUAAUAUAUUUUUUCCAUGUUUCAUUGCCUGAGUAAAAACUGUGUUUAUCACUCUUGAAA